UUCUGCCGCAGCCGCAAAUGAGCAUUUAGCAUUCCAUAACUCCACACAUUUAUACCGAAAGAAUGAAACUCAAUUCGUUGCAAACAUUCGUUUCAGUUUGUUGUCUCAUAUUUGUGCAAAUCUACGGCAUACAAGAUGCCAGUGGCAAGCGCAUUGUGAGCAAGUACGAGCGGAUAAUGCAAAUGUACCCACAGCUGGAAAAGGGCAGCGAGUCCUCGCAGUGGCGCUAUGCCGGCAAGGACAUGCAGCAUCCCUGCAAGCGCGAGUGCGUGGACCAGCAGCCCAUGAUAUGCUACUACUAUCUGGUUAUCCACUAUGACGACACCAUGGCAGCGACCUGCAAGCGUCUGCUACAGUCCAAAUAUCGUUUCAAACUGUCCAAUGGCAGGGAGUACAUUGACAGCUCCAAGGUCUCCGCCACCGAUGACUGCAAGUAUGCCGAUGGUCUGGAGUCCCGCGUGAUGGUGGUUAAUGGCCGCCUGCCUGGCCAAUCGAUUGAGGUGUGCUUUGGGGACACCAUUGUGGCGGAUGUGAUCAACAGCAUGCACGAGACGACGACCAUCCACUGGCACGGCAUGCAUCAGCGGCUCACGCCGUUCAUGGACGGUGUGCCGCACGUCACCCAGUACCCGAUUGAGGCCGGUCAGGCGUUUCGCUAUCGCUUUCAGGUGGAUCAUGGCGGCACCAAUUGGUGGCACAGCCACACCGAGCAUCAGCGUGCCUUCGGGCUGGCGGGGCCGCUGAUUGUGCGCCAGCCCGCGAAGCUCAAUCCCCAUGCCCAUCUCUAUGACUUCGAUCUGACGGAGCACGUGAUCAUGGUCCAGGACUGGGUGCACAACUUCGUGGAGAGCGUGGCCGAGAACAUUCUCAUCAACGGCAGGGGACGCAACAUGAAGAAGGGCAGCAAGGUGCGCCCCACUCUGUACGCACACUUUCCGGUCAUACGCGGCGGACGCUAUCGCUUUCGCGUCAUCUUCAAUGGCGUCUCCAACUGCCCGAUCAGCCUGAGCAUCGACAAUCACGAUCUGGUGGUGAUUGCCAGCGAUGGCAAUGACAUCGAGCCCGUGCAGGUGCAGAAGAUCAUGCUGCACGGUGCGGAGAGAUUCGAUUUUGUGCUGCAUGCCAAUCAGGAGGUGGCCAACUACUGGAUACGCAUCAAGGGCUACAGCUUCUGUGCGAAGAAUCAGCUGCACCAGGAGGCUGUCCUCCAUUAUCAGGAUGCUGAUCCGCGAGCCCUGGACACGCACACCCUGAGCUAUGCCUACGAUGCGCCUGGCAUUAUGCUGAACGAGCUGGGCGACGACACUGCCCAGAGCAUAUCCCUGUCCACGCUCAAUGCGCAGCGCGCGGAGCCCGUGAUGCAGCCAGCGGCUACAUUCUACACCAGCAUGAACGCGUUCCAGACCACCGGCGAGGGUUUCCGCUUCCAGAUGGAUGACAUCAGCUUCAGCAUGCCGAAGAUGUCGCUGCUGCAGACGCGCAACCUGGGCAUCGGGCAAUAUUUCUGCAACAGCUCGCAGCAGGCGGAGAUGGGAUUCAACUGCAGGCAGCGGCACUGCCAGUGCUCGAAUGUCAUCCAUGUGCCGGCGAAUAAGAAUGUGGAGUUUGUGAUAUCCAGCAGGUCGAACACGCCGCAUCCCAUCCACCUGCACGGCUACACGUUCCGCGUGGUGGCCAUGGGCGUGCUGGGCGAGGCGAAGAUUGGGCAGAUCGAGGAGAUCGAUCGGCGUACGCCGCUGCCGCGUCGCGGACGCAGUGCUCCGCUGAAGGACUCGGUGCAGGUGCCAGCCUUUGGCUACACAAUUAUACGCUUCUACAGCGACAGUCCCGGCUACUGGAUGUUCCACUGUCACAUUUCGCCGCACUCGGAGAACGGUAUGGCGGCUGUGGUGCGCGUCGGCGAGGAUGUCGAGAUGAAGAUGUGUCCCGUCAGCAAUUGUGGGCUGUGCAGUUCCGUUUCGUGAUCACAGCACAGUGUGUUUGCACUAAUAAAAUAAUAUUCUAACGAUGGCA